GCACGGACAGCAUGCGCUGGGAAGACCCUGUCAAGUAACGUGCGGACUCAUGGGGCUCAUACUUCUGAGUCUACUACUGCGUUACUGUGUCUCCAAUGUGGAAGGGUCGUGUUCGUCCGGGAGUGCAAGUACUUGUGACGAGUGUCUGUCGCAGAGUCCCCGCUGCGCGUGGUGCACCCAGGAGAACUUCACCAACUGGUUGUCCGUCGGGGAGCGAUGUGACACGCCAGAGACCCUGCUGGAAAAGGGAUGUCUUCAGGAGCGGCUGGAGUUUCACGUCUCCCACGCUGAGGUACUUGUGGACGGCCCCCUGGGGCGGAGAAGUGGGCCCUCCACCAACAGCACCCAGGUCUCUCCACAGAGGAUGGCUCUCAAGCUACGGCCUGGUAUUCCGAUGACCUUCCAGGUCAGAGUUCAGCAGACGGAGGACUACCCCGUGGACAUCUACUACCUGAUGGACCUCUCGGCGUCCAUGACGGACGACCUGGAGAUGAUCAAGGACCUGGGCUCCACGCUGACCCGCGAGAUGAGCAACCUCACCAGCAAGUUCAGCCUGGGGUUCGGCUCCUUCGUGGAGAAACCUGUGCUGCCCUUCAUCAAGAUCACCGAGGAGGAGCUGGCCAACCCCUGCAGGAGCGUAGACCUAGUUUGUCCACCCACUUUUGGGUACAAACACGUCCUGUCCCUGACGACAGACACAAGCAUGUUCAACCAGAUCAUCUCCAAGCAGCGCAUCUCGGCCAACAUCGACGUGCCGGAGGGCGGCUUCGACGCCAUCAUGCAGGCAGCCGUUUGCGGAGACAAGAUUGGAUGGAGGAACGACUCAAUGCGCUUGUUAGUGUUCGCGAGCGACGCAGACUCCCACUUUGGGAUGGACAGCAAGCUGGCGGGCAUCGUGAUCCCCAACGACGGACAGUGUCACCUGGACGAGAACAAUGACUACUCCAUGUCGGCCAUAUUGGAAUACCCCACCCUGGGUCAGCUGAUUGAUAAGCUGGUGGAGAACAACAUCCUGCUGAUAUUCGCUGUGACAGAGAAUCAGAAACACAACUACGAGAACUAUGCUAAUCUGAUACCGGGUGCCACGGUGGGGGUCCUGGCAUCUGACUCCCGGAACAUCCUGGAGCUCAUCAUCACGGCGUACAAAGAUCUGCGCUCAGAGAUAGAGCUGGAGGUGCUGGGAGACACCGAGGAGCUCCAGAUGGCCUUCACCUCCAUCUGCCCCGAUGGGAGUAUCUACCCCGGUCUCAAACGCUGCGCCAGCAUCAAGGCUGGGGACACGGUGGUGUUCAACGUCUCCGUGGAGCUGACCUCCUGCCUGCCCGCCCCGGGGCGCUUCCUCCUGAGGCCCGUGGGCUACCAGGACGGGCUGGUGGUGGACCUCAGCUCCCUGUGCUCCUGCCACUGCCCACCAGCGGGUCCCCUCCUCAACACCACCAGCGCCCACGCCUCCAGCGCCACCACCACCACCCCCCCCGCCGGCCUGUGCCACGAGGGCCAGGGCUCCCCGGAGUGCGGCGUGUGCGUGUGCCAGCCGGGCUUCGUGGGGUCGCAGUGCGAGUGCAGCGAGGAGGAGGAGGCGGUCACCGGGGGCAACGGGGCUGGUUGCCGGGCGACCGAGGACGAGGGGGCCGAGUCUUGCAGCGGCCAGGGGGAGUGCUUCUGCGGGCGAUGCGUGUGCCACGCCUCCAGCUUCGGCCGGGUCUACGGCCGCUUCUGCGAGUGCGACGACUACUCGUGCGGUCGGUUCCGCGGCGAGCUCUGUGGAGGCCACGGCCAGUGUGACUGCGGUCAGUGCGUGUGUGACAGCGGCUGGCUGGGGGAGUACUGCAACUGCAGCAGCAGCACGGAGGUGUGCGUGUCCCAGGACGGGACGUCCUGCAGCGGCCGGGGGCGCUGCGACUGCGGCCAGUGUGUGUGCUCCGUCCCGGGGGCUUCAGGGAAGCUGUGUGAGAAGUGCCCCACCUGUGGAGACACCUGCACCUCAGCCAGGGCAUGUGUAGAGUGCCACCUACAAACCAAGGACAGCCUGGAUCUGUGUGUGCAAAGGUGCACCGUCCCCAAGAUCAGCAUCAACACCUCCACAGAGCUGGACCAGAGGCACGCCACCCUGUGCACCCUGAAGACCGACAGCGACUGCUUCAUCUCCUUCAGCAUCGUGAUGGGAGAGCUGGGCACCAGCGCACACAACCUGCACAUCUACGACUGCCCCGAGCCGCCCAACGUCACCAUGAUCAUCCUGGCCGUGUCCCUGUCCGUCCUGCUGGUGGGCCUGGUGCUGCUGGUGGCCUGGAAGCUGCUGGUCUCCGUCCACGACCGCAAGGAGGUGGCCCGCUUCGAGGCCGAGCGCUCCAACGCCAAGUGGCAGUCGGGAACCAACCCGUUGUUCCGUAGCUCGACCUCAACGUUUAAAAACGUCACGUACAAGAACACUGGAAGGGACAUGAGCAUCACGCUAGGUCGAUAGUGAACCCGCAACAGCUGCUCUGCACAACACACACACACACACACACUGACCCAUACUGCCCCUCCGUCUGCUGCACACAUUGGAGAUGGCGCGCAAAUCUGUGGUUUGAGUGGGAGAGGGAGGAGGGAGGAGGGAGGGGUUAAGAGAGGGAGAGAGAGAGAGAGGGAGAGAGAGAGAGUGAUGUAUAUAAGCAAUUAUUAAGUGGCACAGUGGCCAUGGACGUUAAGACAGUAGUAGCAAACACUGAGAAGAAGAAUGGCAGGCUGUAGCUCUGGCUGUAAAUUUGCUGUAAUAUUGGCCUCUGACAAGCUAAUUUAAACACUGUAUGUUCCUGUUGAACAACCUAGAGAAGAGUGGUCUACUACUGAAAAACUGUUUUGUAUUUACGGACUACAAAGCAAGGCUGAGCCUUGACAUUUGACUGUUGUGACUCUUAAUAAUUAAGAGCAUUUGAGUUGUGUUUGUGGCACAUAAUUAAUAAAGAAUAACUCUACUUU